AUGCAUCUUCGUUCUUCUUCGUCUUCGUCGUUUGCCGCCGUCGUCUUCGUUUUGGUCGGACUGGUGGCGCUAGCCCAGGGCGCCGACUACAGCGGCAUCGCGCGCCUCCACCCCGACUUCACCCUCUCGUGGACCAUCACCACGCAGGGCACCGCCACGGGCGGACCCGUCAUCGCGCUCACCCUCCAGGUCAACUGCCAGUGCUGGGUCGGUCUGGGCUGGCACGCCCAGAACGCCUCGGCCGGCGGCAUGUCGCAGGCCGACUUCGUGCUCACCACCUUCAACAACCGCAACAUCACCGUGAGCGACCGCUACUCGACGUCGAGCAACGGCGGCUACGGCCCGCCCGUGCUCGACACCGACAUCGGCGGUGCCAACAACAUCCUCGCCUACUCCGCCUUCCAGACGAGCUACCCUCUGCCGUUCUCGACGGUGACGAUCGUGAGGGAGGCCAAGACGGGCGACACGGUGGCCGACCACCCGAUCCUGCCCGGGCCGACCAACGUGAUCUGGGCGCACGGCAACCUGGGCAGCAGCGACCCCAACCAGCUCCAGUACCACGGCUUCGGCAACCGCGGCACCGCCGUGAUCGACUUCUACGCCAACUGA